UUGACGUGUAAUAACGUAAAUGUACAUGUUUACAUCAUGAUCAAACGUGUCUUGUGUUGACGUGGCCAACUGCCCCCUGUUUGAAUUUUAAGUUUCUCGAUUGUUAGUAAUCAUUUGAGUGAGAGAUCAUACAAAGUCAGCAUGGCAGACAGUGAUAAUGACAGUUUCCACAGCGCAGGUGAAGAAGACGCUCCUCCACUUCCGCGGAAGUCUGGAGGAGACUCAUUAACACGGACACCACCAUCAGCGGGUUCCUCACACGGUGCAUCCACCAAGAAAGAGGCCAGAAACACUGGGAAGUCCAGUGCCAAAAAGGCAAAAGGCAAGAAGGGGAAAAAGAAAAAUGCUGCUGUGCUGGAUGAGAAAGGAGACAACUCUGAGGAAUUGAAAGGAAACAUACCACUGGAAGAACCUGUUGGAGGCCAGCAACAAACCAAGGUGCUGCCACACUCUGACGUGCAAGAAGUAGGUCAAAAGCCAACAGCUGCAGAUUCCAAAGUGGCCUCUGGUGCUGAGAGUGAACUUGGACUGGAUGAGCCCGAAAGAGAAACCUGGCUUGUAAAAGAGCCAGAACACAGGCCAGAGGGCAAAGAUUUGAAGGAGCAAGAUGAAUUGUCUCCAAUUAGGGAAGACAGUCAACUCAAGAAUGAGCGUGCAGAAAACACUGGAGAUGCUGAAGCAAAAACUAAAUCUCAGGUCCCACAAGAAGGGGAGGAAAUCACGCAUCCCGAAGAAGACAGGGAGCAACUUUUAGGAACGGGCACUAAGAUGGAGCAGGAUGCUAUCAAAGAUGAACCAUCAAAAACCGGGAAACAGAUAGGUGAAAGUGCAUCAUCAGCCUCGUCUAAGCCAGGAGAUUGUGCCACAGAAGCUGAGGCAUCAGUCACAGAGAAAAGUGCUGCUGGGGCCCUCGGCAGGUUGACAGGGGAGAAGCCAGCAGAGAAGAAAUCCAGUGGAGGCAGCUGGGGUUGGGGAGGAUGGGGUGCAUCCCUGGUCUCCUCGGUGUCUGCCGUAGGUCACGGCUUGAGCUCUGUCAUCGAGAACGUCGAAUCUUCCCUCGGGCUGCCCAAGCCGCAAGAGCUCACCGACCAAGAAAAGAGAGAGCAGCAGUUCAUUGUGACUUCCGACGAACAAGGAGACGGGAAAGAGGGCGAAAAAGAAGAUGGAGACCAGCGCGAGGAGACGAGGGAUCCAGGAAAAGGAGAAGAGAUGGAAAGAGAUGGGGACAGACAACAGGAAGAGGAAGGAGAGAACAAAGACCUAGAGCAAGACCCCAAGGAUCAGUCGUCCAUUCCCUCCAGCAUGAAGGGAUUUCUGUCUUUGGGAGCCUCUGCAAUCACUAACGUUGUGGGCAAGACAGUCACGGGCGGCCUGGAUGCACUGGAGACGAUUGGUCGCAAGACCAUGGACGUCCUUCAGGAGGGAGAUUACAGCGUGACAGACAGAGGGACAGAACAGAAAGGCAGCUUGGCUGAGAUGUUAAGAGAUGCCAAGGAGGAGGCGGAGACUGCUGCCAAAGAGGAGGAGGAAGAAAAGGAAAGGCAGAGGGCGCACUUUGGAAUUCUGUUUGAUCAGUACCAAGGUCUAGCUCACUUGGAAGCUCUGGAAAUGAUCAGCAACCAGAGCGAGAGCAAAGUUCAGGGGUCACUGAGCAUGGUCAGCGGUGAGGACCUGCAGAGUCUGAAGACUGAACUAAUUGAGAUCAGGGACGCUUUUCAACUGGAGGAUUUAGAGUCGGAGGAGCAACCUGAAGGCAGUGAGCAGGAUUUUGUGAAUGCCAUCACAGAGCAUCUGUUUGGUGUAAGCUUAGCAUCAACUCCUGAUAAACUGCAACGGGUUCAGAGGCGGGUCCACGAAUGGCUAGCAGAAUGCAAGUCACAACAAGAAGCCGGCCAGAAGCAGAAUAUCACAGAACUGCACAUCAAGGCUAUCGAGACACUUGCCGAGUUUUCAUCGAGAGUGAUUGAGCAGUUCCACAAGGCAUGUGAGCUGAUGCUCUUGCCACAAGACAAGGAACACAGCAAGAGUCCGGUAGAACGAGCCACCAGUCUCUCCAAAUUGACGAGUGUCCUUGUCACUGAGGUCAGUAACCAGGCUUGUAAGUUUGCUGACUGCCUUAACCAAGAAGCGAGAGACCGUGAAGAUGGAGAAGGGGCAGCUGAUGUCAACCCACUCAUAACCAACGUCUACUUAGAGGCCUCUAACAGCACAUCCUACAUCCAAGAUGCAUUUCAGCUUGUGCUGCCCGUGCUACAGAUGGUUGCCAUAGAAAAGAAGAAAGAUUCCAAAUCUGAAACCACAUGAAACUGAUGUGACAAGCCAUCCAACUCCAAACAUUUCCAUCAAGUAAGCUUUCCACCAUUCUCAUACUUGUUGGGUCAAAUGAAUGGGCUGCAAAUGAAAUGACCGUACUUUAUAACCUUACUCCUCACGCCGGCCACUUGUGACUCAGGAGGGCCUAAUUUCUUUGAAAAGGUAAUCAAGAGACGUGGCAAGAAUUAAUGAAUGCAAUAAAAACCAAACCAAGCAAAAUGCACAAAGAAAAACAAGGGGAGAGGCUGUUAUUCAGAGCAAAACCUCUGUCUUCUUGUCAGACAUCUCUGCUAACUCGGCACUGGAAAAGAACAAUACAACUUCUUCAAAAAUACCUUAUUUGAUAAGGGUCGUUCUUCAAAUGUGGGAUCCAGUGUUCUUGUGCCCCUGUCACAUCUAACAUAUGAUUUUGUUAGUUUAGAACAUGUUCUUUACUUUCCAAGAGUGAUUCAGUCAUGCAUUGCACCUGCCAAACAAAAUUAGUUUGAAAUGAAUUUCAGACAUGUCUCCACAUGACAUAACACAGGUCAGGUGUAACAGGAACACAAAGAUGUCACAUGUUGAACCCUGAAUUUAAUCAAUGACCUCUAUUCAAAGCAUAUUCACACUGACUAUUGAACAGCUGUGAUACUGUAAAUAAUAUUUAUUUAUUACUUCACAUAAAAUUUUAAGUAGCAGGGUGUUGACUUGAGAUGAAAAAUCUAUAUUUGCUCAUGUAAUAAGGUCAAGGUUGUGAACCUGUUGAAAAUGAAAAAAAGUGUAGAGUACAAAGGACGAUACAUGUACAGCUUUUGUAACUUGGGUUACUGUUUAAAUUUAAAUUUGGCAAGAUCUCUUCGAAGAGUUGCAACAAUUCAAGUGUUUUCCUUUUCUGUGGAUUUCAUUUGGGACAUUUGAAUUUAUGAUUUUCUACAGCAUACUCUAACUCUUUGUCUCACUUCAUUUCUUAAAUUUAUCAAGUUUUUAUGAACUAAGUGAUCAACUAUGCUCGGCUUAAUGUACCUCUACAUGUCAGUUUGAAAGAUCAAAGAUCAAAUGUUCUGGCUAUUUUAGCUUUAUUUUUCUUUUCAAUUUUUAAUUACAAUUCAUGCUAUUUAUCAACCUAUUUUAUGUUCUUCACCUCAUUUACCAAAAUGUGUAAUCAUUCAUGAACAAAGUAAUUGCCGAUGUUUUCUAUUUUGUAUAAACUGUGACAUUUCAGUUUUUAAACCUCAUCCUCAUUGUAAAUUGAAACCAAAAGUUUAGAACUGAUGAUGCCCUUGAAAGUCAUCUGUUUUUUUUUUCAAAAUCAAUCUUUUCUUCUUUUUGCUCUCAAGUGUCCUCAAAUAUUCUUACACAGUUAAUUUAUGGUUGACAAAUUAUGUACUUGGCUCACUUUGUGCGUAGUAAUUCAGAAAAACACUUUGACUUCGUUCUAGCCUAAAUCUUGUUCCAUAUGUAUAGCUUUAUCCCAUAUCAUCAUGUGGUUUUUAUCUGGUACAUCCUCAACAACCAAGACAAGGGCCAAACAGGGGCUGACACUCACUUUUUACAAGCAAAAUUAUCAAACUAACAAAUCUGUUAUGUUACCUGUUGUCAUUUAACUACAGUUUAUAAUUGAAAUUUGUGUCAUGUACAACUGAAAUUUAUGUCAUGGACACGUACCUAAUGUAGAAUAAAUAAAAACAAGAAUUGUCA